UUUAUGUUAUUUUUAUGUCAUUUCCCUUUGGAUUUCUAAGAAUGGGCCAUGAAGUAAAGUUAUAAAUAAGCUCAUCAAAGGUACUUUCAUUUGAAUUGCUCUUUUGUAUUGUAGUUUUUUUGUAGGUAGCCUUUGAUAAAUUACCUUGGAAAAUCAUCUAAGGGAUGAAACACUCUCAUUGUUAUAACUUCUUUGUUAGAUGACAAAAGGUUUUUUUUUUUUUUUUUUUUUGGUAUUUUUUAAGGGAGUUUAAUGAACUAUGUAUAUGUGAGUGACACUGAAUUUUUGUUUCAGUUUCAAUUCUAUUUAUAUAUAUUAUAAACAGCAGAGAGAAGAGAAUCUCAUCUAGUUAUGAGCCAAAACAAAUGAUCAGGUUACACCUGUUUGGCUUAUACUACCUUGGAAACCACUAGACUCUGUGUUCCUGAGUUUAAAGCACCACCUCCCUCUCAGGGAAAUAAUACAAUCAGUACAUGAUUGUUUUUAAUUGAACAAGCAACUAGCUGAAUCUUUUCUAAAUCUCCACAUCUGUGUCUAGAGAGUCUUGUCUUCUCUUGAACCUAAGCCAUGAGUUGGAUGUUUCUCAGAGACCUCCUAAGUGGAGUAAAUAAAUACUCGACUGGAAUUGGCCGGAUCUGGCUGGCUGUCGUGUUUGUCUUCCGGUUGUUGGUCUACAUAGUGGCAGCAGAGCACGUGUGGAAAGACGAGCAGAAAGAAUUUGAGUGCAACAUUAAGCAGCCUGGUUGUGAAAAUGUGUGCUUUGACUACUUUUUCCCCAUCUCUCAAGUCAGACUCUGGGCCAUACAACUAAUCAUGGUCUCCACACCCUCACUUCUGGUGGUUCUGCACGUAGCUUAUAGAGAAGGUAGAGAGAAAAGGCACAGAAAGAAACUCUAUGUCAGCACAGGUAGAAUGGAUGGGGGCCUGUGGUACACUUACCUUGUCAGCCUCAUUGUCAAAACUGGCUUUGAAAUUGGCUUCCUGGUUUUAUUUUACAAGAUUUAUGAUGGCUUUAGUGUUCCCUACCUCAUGAAGUGUGACUUGAAGCCUUGUCCCAAUACUGUGGACUGCUUCAUCUCCAAAGCCACCGAGAAAACCAUCUUCAUCCUCUUCUUGGUCAUCACCUCAUGUCUUUGCAUUGUGUUGAAUUUAGUUGAAUUGAGUUUUUUGGUUCUCAAGUGUUUUAUUAAGUUCUGUCUCCAAAAAUACUCAAGAAGAUUCACAUCCUCAGUGUGUGAGUGCCACAACCUCAAAUACUUUGAAUGUGUUGAGACAGGGACCUUUCCCCCCCAACUCCAGAACCCCCUUUCAGAGGUGGUAAUAAGUGCAACACAACAAGGAGAGACAAAGCUACAGAGUGACACAUUCAAGGAUUAAACAAAGAAAACCUUCAUUCUGUAGGAAUGAAUAAAUGGUAUCCACCUUAAUAGUUGGGAGUAAAACUUUUUUUUUUAAUGGAAUACUGCUUAGCUCUGGAUGAUUAUGAUAGUGAUGGGGAUCAAACCUAGAACCUAGGAGCCCCAGUCAUGAGAGUCUUUUUGCAUCGCCAUUAUGCUAUCUUCCUAGUACUUUUUUUCCUACUUGUUUUCAGUUAUAUACACUAGACAGAGGUCUGAUUGCUUUGUUGUAGAAUUUAUAUGGACACAUGAGUUGUAUUUAAAUAGCUAACUACAAACUAGUCUUGAGAAAGCCAACUAGCAGUGUUCUUGUGUUUUAAUCUUGUCAACUGGAAACUAUGGUGACAUUUCCAACAAAUGUUUUGACCCUCAAACUACAAUUGAGGCAGCGGCCAGUAUUAAAAAGUGUCAGGUCUAGCCUCAUUCACUCAGUCCUACUCAAUCUUUGUAGAGAUAGACAAUGAUGAAGGUAGGGCCACAGCUAAGUUUGGUUCACAAAAAGACUCAGGAAAAAGACCACUGAAUUGGAUCUAAGUGGAGUAGGGAAGUGUGAAGAAAGCCAUUAUUUUAAUGGUUUUUUAAGAACAAAUACAACUUGGAAAUACCAGACAUAAGACUGAACUAAGACAUCUGAAAGGUUGUUCCAAAGCCAUAAGGCAGGACAAGUUCUCACAGAAAGUAGCACAUUGACAAGGAGUAUGGGAAGCCCCAGGAAAAGAAAGUCUACUUGAUACAGUUAACUUCUCUCUUUAACCAAAGAAUGGUUAGAGACUUUGUACAGUUCAUUAUAGUUAAUUGUAACCAGUAAUUCACAAUUACACAAUAUUCACAUCUUACCUACAAUUCUGUAGUACUUCUCCCACUUGAAGAGAUAAUGUGUUCGGUGUUGUUACAUUGUGCAAAAAUGAUAAAAAAUUACCACUUGGAGAUUAUAGUUUUUAUAUGCAUCCAUUUAAAAUCAGAUUUAUUCUAUUUGGAUUUAAUAUUCUAACAUAUGUGUACUUCUUCAUAAUAAAAAUGGUUUGCAGUUUCAUUUGAC